UGGGUAUUUACAGAGGGGCAGGGGGUGCUGGACGGAAGGAAAGGGGGCACUGGCCUCUGGCGCUCAACUUUGACAGCGGUCCCCAAUCCCCUCAUCAGGCACUGGGGUAGGGAGACGACCCAGCCCUAACCGUCCUUUGCCCCGGGUCCGGAACUCAGGGAGCGGCGCCACGGGCCCCAGCCGCCCGCUCGCUCGGGAGAGGCCGGGAGUCCGCGGAACUCAGAUCCGACCGCGGGGCCGCGGGAGAGGCUCAGUUCCCCCCCUUCGGCGGGCGACCACACCGCAAACGCCUAGAAGUCUAUGACUUUGAGGCAGUUCCCCGCAGCGUGAAAGGUGCUCACACGCACGCGUCCGGACACCGACCGCAGCGCCAGCGGGGUCGCGGGGCCCCCUGACCCGCACCCGCCGGGGCGCACUCGCCAGCGCCCCCACCGCCCGGCGCCGCGUGACCGCCCCUCUUGCCCGGACCCCCCAGCCCAGCCGCCACACCCACGUCUCAGCCCCGCCCCGCGGUCAAACUCCGUGGGGUCCCUGCGGGAGGGCGGGCGAGCGCCGGCCCGUCGCCCCCACCCUGUGCAGCCCUCACCUUGCAAAGAUUAGCUCAGGCAAACGGGGUUUGGAGAGAAUUUGUUUUGGUCUUGUGUUUUUUUCUCACAUUUUCCUAUCAGACCACAUCCCCGCCCCCCGCUCGCGGUCCCCCGCCCCCCGCACAUAUACCCUGCGCGCAGAAACACACACACAGACACACACACACAGACACACACACACACGCGGCGCGCACAGACACGCUCCCUCCCGCCGGCGCGCUCUACCCCUCGCCCGCCCGCCGCGCACGCAGCCGGCCCCGGCUCCCCGCGACCCGCGCCCCGCCGCCGCCGAGCGAAGCCGGGCUGGGCUCGGUGCUGCCCAUGGAGAAAGUGCCCGGCGAGAUGGAGAUUGAGCGCAGGGAGCGGAGCGAGGAGCUGUCCGAGGCGGAGAGGAAGGCGGUGCAGGCUACGUGGGCCCGGCUCUAUGCCAACUGCGAGGACGUGGGGGUGGCCAUCCUGGUGAGGUUCUUUGUGAACUUCCCCUCAGCCAAGCAGUACUUCAGCCAGUUCAGGCACAUGGAGGAGCCUCUGGAGAUGGAGCGCAGCCCCCAGCUGCGGAAGCACGCCUGCCGGGUCAUGGGGGCCCUCAACACCGUCGUGGAGAACCUGCACGACCCCGAGAAGGUGUCCUCCGUGCUCGCCCUGGUGGGCAAAGCCCACGCCCUCAAGCACAAGGUGGAGCCCGUGUACUUCAAGAUCCUCUCUGGGGUCAUUCUGGAGGUGAUCGCCGAGGAAUUUGCCAACGACUUCCCGCCUGAGACACAGAGAGCCUGGGCCAAGCUGCGCGGCCUCCUCUACAGCCACGUGACCGCUGCCUACAAGGAAGUGGGCUGGGUACAGCAGGUCCCCAACGCCACCACCCCGCCGGCCACGCCGCCCUCUUCGGGGCCGUAGGGUCCCUUCUGCCCUCCCCCCUCCCAGGCAGCACCUUGAGCAGAAGGCCCAGUUCUGAAGACCCUCCUUGACCCUCCAUUUCUGGGUGCCAAGGAAGCUGGAGGAGCCCCUGACUCGUCUUCCUGGAAAGAGGCCUCUGCCUCGGCCACGGCCCGUCUGGAGCCGCCAGGAGGUGGCACUGGAUGCUGACCCACUGGGUGGCGGGUGGCCUGUGGGGGUGGGGGGUCCCCUCCUCCUUGAAGAGCCAGGCCCACUCUUCUUAGCUUUUCUACUAACCGUUAGAGACCGAGCUGAGCAGCUGGCAGGAGGCGGGGCCAGGUCUGCGUGCCGCUGCGGCCGCAGGCGCCUGCCCUAUUCCUAUCUGCCGGCCAGCAUGCGGGUCUCCUCAUUGCCUCUCUAGACUAUCACGCACACGUACCCACCAUAUACACAGAUAUAUUCUAUAUACAACCUAUAUAAAUAUAUACAGACCUAUCUAUAGCGAGUGUCCGUGGGGCCCAGAGGCACAUGGGAAGCCUCCGUUCGGCCCAUCUGCGUGUGGGGCGGGGGGAUCCUGGUCAUGCUUCUGGGCAGAGAGCUGAGUGUUCUGGGCAAGAUGGGGGUGCCACAUCCGCGCAGAGAGGAUCUGGGCCUGUGGGCAGUGUGGCGGGGACCCAAGGGCCUGCAUGGGCAGGGUGGGGGUGCCACAGCCCCUUCUCUGACCAUCUCCCCGCAUCCCUGCCCUCCACUUCUAGGAGAGGAGGGUUCGGUUCUCCCCACCUUCACGCUGCACUUGAGGAUGUGUGUGGCUCCCUGCCUUGCUCCAAAACGGGCAAAGGGCAGGCAGAGGGGCCAGGAGUUCUGGACGGGACGGAUGUGCUGGGGGAGGGGCCUUGGUAAAAAAACAAAACCCUCCAAUGCCAGCCCCAUCUGCUUCUGUCACUGAGACAGCCCCAGAGGGAGGAGGGAUGGUGACGACGGGACCAGAUGCCUCCAUCUCAGCCUGGAGCUCUGGGGGCCCAGGGCCGCCCCCGCUGCCCUCCUGGCUGCCGGCUGGGUCUGAGGGGCGGGGGACAACUCCCGGUGUGUGCCCCUUGGUCACGUGUAUCGUUCCCAAGGCUGUGUCGCUGCUGUGACUGUUGUGCCUGUGUCCCCUCCUGUCCCAUCCUUGUGCAGCCGUCCGUGUAACUGCCUGCCCCCCUUUUGUAGCUCCUGACGUCUGUACGCGGACCCAGCUGUGCCAUUAAACAGGCUCCUCUUCCUGCCGUCUGCCCCUC